GGCAUCGCCGAACAACUUCUAGGACUCAAGAAGUGAAUCCGUUAGCCUAUCUGACACCAUGUGGUAUAAACAGCUGCUAAUUUUAAGUCUGUAAGCGGGAUGGGUGCUAAAGACCCGCCAAAACCGCCCGCGCAAUUUUCUGUGUUACCAAAAGUAAUCAAUGGCGGGAUUGCUGGGAUCGUCGGCGUCUCGUGCGUGUUUCCCAUAGACUUGGUCAAAACUAGACUACAGAAUCAAACUACUGGGAAAGAUGGCAAGAGACAAUAUUCGAGCAUGUUGGACUGUUUCAAAAAGACGUACGCAGCAGAGGGCUACUUCGGCAUGUAUCGAGGGUCGGCGGUCAACAUCAUCCUCGUGACUCCAGAGAAAGCCAUCAAGCUGGCUUCCAACGACUACUUCCGCUACUACUUUACAGGCCCCGACGGAACCAUUCCAAUAUCUCGUCAAAUAAUCUCCGGCGGGAUGGCGGGCUGCGCGGCAGGCAUGACGCUGACCACUCCCAUGGAGCUGCUCAAGAUACAACUGCAAGACGCAGGCCGCGUCGCUGCCGAAGCUAAAAAAGCGGGGAAAGCGGCACCAAAGAUCACCGCGAUGAGUGUGGCCAGCAAGCUGAUAAAGGAGAAGGGGAUCGGAGGACUAUGGAAGGGUGUGGCGGCGACCACCGUGCGGGAGUGGUCUUUCUGCCUAAUCUACUUCCCGCUGUUCGCGGUGAUCAAUUCUGCUACCAACCCGGACCCAACGAAGCCGCCGCCCUUCUGGUGUUCAUUCGUAGCAGGGCUGGGGGCAGGGAGCGUGGCUGCGUUCUUGGUGACGCCGGUGGACGUCAUCAAAACGCGCAUGCAGACGCUUACUGUCGGCGCCAAGCAAUACAGCUCUAUCGUAGACUGCCUUAGCACCACUGUGAAGAACGAGGGCUUUACAGCGCUGUACAAAGGCGGGGCGUGUCGAAUGAUGGUGAUUGCCCCACUGUUCGCGAUCGCUCAGACUGUCUACUACUUCGCCAUAGCUGAAACCUUGUUGGGACUCAAGUAAAAUCAUGAAGAGUGAAGAAUAAAUAACAAGACACAACGGCUUCGUUGGGUCUUGUAAAGACUCGUGUCCACUAGGCAACACUGCAACAUACAUAUAUUGCGCUCUCUCUCUCUCUCUCAGUACAAGUACACAGAACGAUACGUUGUGCUAUUUCAUUCCAGUUAAAGCGGGUAAUGUAUGGCUGAAGUCAAUGUUACACAGAAAGGGAUGCAUGGAUUUAAAAGAAAAGGAAGUUCUUACUACUUUUCUUUCUUUUGUAUAUCUGUUUUACUUUCUGUUGCACAGACUGAUGCAGAGUAGGCGCUUUUAGUGGUUAUGCGGUUUCGUUUAGGAAUUAACUAUUUGUAAGACUGUCCUUCGAAUUUAAUAUCACAAAGUACGUAUGUUUCCAGAACGUUACGUUGUUUGUUAUGUACAGGUUAAGUUGUUUUUGAUGAUUAAAUAUUAUUGUGGACCAAA